UCUAAAGAUGAACCUGCUGGAUCCGACUCUGGCCAUAGACCUGCAGUACCUGGGAGUUCGCCUGCCAAUCCCUCCUCCUGGAGUCUCUGUGGAGCCGCUGACUCAGGAGCUGCCAGCGCCUCAGGGUUCGUUCCUGAGUCAGGGUGUUUGUUCAGCGUUUGUGUCCAGAACAGGUAAAACCACAGAUGUAACUCAGAUCAAAGGUUGGAGGGAGAAGUUCAGUCCGUCAGAGACUCUGGUCGCCCCGCCACCGCCCAGACCAGAAGCUGGUCCCGGUCCUGAUGUUCCGAAGAAGAACCUGUCGGCAUUCUGCAGCGACAUGCUGGACCAGUACCUAGAAAACGAAGGGAAGCUGAUCGACCAGCGAGCCGCCAGCUUCUCUCCGCCCCCUGUGGAGCCACCGGUCUACGAACUGCCCACCAGGAGCACCAGUUACGUCCGCACCCUGGACAGCAUCUUAAAGAAACAGACCGGAACCUCAGACCUCAUAUCUGGGUUUGUCCCCCCCUCCAAGAGACCCAAACCCACCCUCAAAGAGACCAGAACUUCCAGGAGAGAGAGCUCAAAGCAGAGGGGUCCAAAACACUACAAACCAGAACCAGCAGCUGUACCCAGUCAAGCUGACUCAAACCUCGUCCCCAAACAGCCUGCAGUCCAGAUCCCAGACUCCCCUCAACCCCCCACUUUCAAGAGGAGGAAGAAACUCAAACCCAGGAGCCUGUCCCAGACCCUGAGCCCCCACAGAUCCACCAGCCCCCCGCCCGGACUCUCAGAGGACCUGGCUCCGCUAGAGUCGGACUCUGAGCUGGGGACUGCCCUGGACCAGAACUACGAGACCAGCAGGAAGGACGGAGGACCUGUGAUGACCCGGACUCUGCUGAAGCAGAAGGACCUGGAGGAUGGGGUGGUGUGGGAGGGCCAACCCAGGACCAGUAUCACCGAGGAGAGGGCAGCCAUCGCUCUGACAUCACUGUUCACCCUGCAGGUGCAGUAAGAGUACUAAUACUACACAGUAC